UUAAAGUAAAGUUGUCUUGUGGAUCGCACACAAGUUGAUUAUUAGUAUAGUAUGAAGUAGUGAAGACCAGCAAACCAUAUCCACCUAAAUUAUUGCAAGGAAGAUCCGUUUCACAUCACAUUUCUUAUCUUCCAACAAUUUAAUAUUUCUGCUUGUGUUCUACGUCACCCAUUAUAACCAAAGUCACUCUCACACACAAAUACGCCAAAUGAUCAAAGCUUCUUUAUCUUGAAAGUGAUGCCACGAAACCAAAAUGACUAUUUUCAUAGCAACACUCUACUCUGCUACUCUCUCUGCCUAAAAAUUUUGUCCACAUAUCUAAAAUUUUCAUUUAACAAAAAUAAUCUAGGUUUACCAAAUUAAUUAUUUGUAUAAAAAAAAUGGUCGAGUUGUCAUCAUUUGGCAGAAGCCUUUUCCUCCCUCACUACCGAACUUGAACUUGAGUCUCGCAAUAUUGCAUUUGCAUGUUAGUUUUUUGAGAGGAAGAGGAAGAUGGCGAGAAAGUUGUUGAAUGAUUUGGUUCCUUUGGGUGCCAUGGUGAGCAUGGAAUGCGUGAAUGUUGGAUUGAACACUCUGUUCAAAGCAGCUACCAUGAAAGGCAUGAGCUACCAUGUCUUUGUUGUUUAUGCUUAUGCGGUUGCUGCUAUUCUGCUUCUUCCUGCUCCCUUCAUCUCCUCAAGAUCAAGAGUGCUUCCUCCUCUUACUUUGCCAGUUGCAACUAAAAUUGCUUUUCUUGGCCUCAUCGGAUGCUCAUCUCAGAUAAUGGGGUACACAGGAAUCAGUUUCAGUUCGCCAACUCUUUCUUCGGCGAUCAGCAAUUUGGUGCCGGCUUUUACCUUCUUGCUCGCCAUCGCUUUCAGGUUCCUUACCUCCAUUGAUAUGAAUAGCAAAAGAAUCUCGCUGUCUUGCAUUUUCAAUGGAUGGAAAAAGUGGCUCUGAAAAGUUCAAGCAGCCAAGCUAAAGUCUUGGGCACCAUAGUAUCAAUAUCAGGAGCAUUCGUUGUAACUCUUUACAAAGGACCACCGAUCAUCAUUAUUCAUGCGCCUUCGUUCUCAAUUCAACCUCCAAUUAACAAUCUCAGUUCUGUGG